UUCCUGUUGAGGCAACAGCAACAUGGCAGGAAGUUCAGUGACAUUAUGUGCAGACAAGCUGUUUAAAGUUUUAGUCAUUGGGGAUCCAGGCGUUGGAAAAAGCAGCAUUAUCUUACGUUAUCUUAAUAAAUGCUUUGAUGAAAGAUAUAAAGCAUCUAUUGGAGUAGACUUUGCUCUAAAAACAAUUGAAUGGGAUGCCAAGACAGUGGUAAGACUCCAGCUUUGGGAUAUUGCAGGCCAGGAGAGGUUUAAGAAGAUGUCCAGAGUGUACUACAAGGGUGCUAUGGGAGCAUUAGUGGUCUUUGACAUCACAAACAGCUCCACCUUGGAGGCUGCCUCAGAGUGGAAGCAGGACCUCGAUAGCAAAGUCUGUCUCGACAAUGGACGUCCGGUCCCUGCCAUCCUGCUGGCCAACAAAUGUGACAUGACAGAUAGGGACAGAGACUUGAUGUCCUCUCUGGACAGCUUCUGUAAAGACAACAGCUUCAUGGGUUGGUUUGAGACCUCUGCAAAGGAGAACAUAAAUAUUGAUGAGGCAGGGGCCUUCCUUGUCAAACAAAUGAUGCUCUGUGACACCGGCCUGUUCGAUGAAGAGCACCACUGGGACUGGAUCAAAGUGAGUCAGGCUCCAGGAGAGAGUCAGAGCCAGUCAUUGUGCUGCUGGAGACGACGGCUCUGAGGCAAAGAGCCAAACAACAGCAGCUACUGGUUAAACACUCUAACAAGACCUGUUUUUGAUACCAGUUCAUGAAUCCACAGCCACCCUGUAGAAGCUACUUCAGAAAGCCUGCGUGCCUGAGUUACACAUAGCUUUGUAUUCAUAUUUCUGCCUUACCACGUUUCUCAAUAAUGUGUGGGCUGCCUCAUAAACACCUCUGUGGAGAUGCUAAUUUCUCUGAUAAUCCACUGAUACAGUCAGGCUAAUAAAGAGAUCAGCAUGACACAUAUCUUGGUGGGA